UCGAAAAUGGGUUUCAUUUUUUGUUUGGCGCAUCCACCAUUUCCGACUGAUUCCAUUACCGGUCGUCCUGGGUGUUAAAAUGAAAGCAUUAAGUCUGCUCUAGUAUUGAUUAUUUCAGGUAAAAUGUAAGUUGUUUCAGUCGUGAAAGAGCGUUCGAUAUACCAAGUGUGCGUCACGAAUUACACCAUGUUUCAAAUAUUAAGUGCCCCCGUGUAAUGCGUCUCAUACGUGUUUUACAAUACUUUCAGAGAGUCAUCGAACAUGUCGACGACUUUCGUUUCAAGAACACUUCAGGCCUUUUGAAAUAUUGAAGAAGCUUAAAGGUUGCCAUGUUGAGAUAGCACCAGCACGGCGCUUUAUAACAGGUGUGUUAUGUCAAUGAAAAAAUUGGCCGUCCUAUCAGCAUUGCACAAUUAUGGCGGACUGAAUAAAACCGACAUGAACCCCACACCAGGAUCCCCUCCAGCUCCGGUGCAUGGGGUCAACGUGAUGCUGGGAGGGGCUAUGAUCAGCGGUAUUAUCCUUGUGGUCUUCAUAUUCUGCUACUGCUGCCACAAGACGCACCGGAAAUCGCAAACGCAUUUGCCUCCAUAUUGGAGGGACCCGGGAGGCCUCUCUAUGGAGAUAUACACCGUCGAGGCGCAAAGUUGUUUCAGCUCGGAGGAGUUCAGCGAAAGCCAUCGGCCGCCGACUCCUGGACCGCCCCCAGCCUACGACCUCGUCGUGCCCAUCAGAAAAGGAUCGGAUUGGGACAAAGGUGAGGACGAGGGCGGACUGCCCAGCUACGAGACCGCCGUCAAACUGCAAGCGCCCGGAACCGGAUACGUGUAAAGUGUCAGUGAUAAAAACUGCAAAUUUAUUCGUCUUAUCUGUUCGAGAAGUAGCGGUUUUUAUGGACUUAGUUCCUCAAAACUUGGCAUGGGUACUAGUGGAGUAAUUAAAUUAACGUCAAGGGCGUAGAUGGGUAGAUAAGAUAUGCAAUAAUGUAUAAUAUGUACAUAAAAAACAAGUCGUGUAUUAAAACACCAAUUAAAUUUAGGAAUUGAGAGCAAGGCGACUCGGCCUUCAAUGGAACUACUUCUAAAUUAAUUGAGAUUUUUAUAUAGAGUGGACCUAAACUUUAUGUCGCUAGUUUACUUUUAAUAUAUUUAUUUUAUUUGAAAA